ACCACGCGAGCGCUAACUCUUUCCGCCAUACUAAUGUGCAGAGUGCGGCGACAGCUCAUACACGAUCGAACACACCGGUCUUUUUGUGAACAUAAAUCAUGUUCAACAGCCUACGAAGAGCUGCAUUUGUCACUUGCUCUAGGAGUUUUUCAUCAGGUUCAACGAGAAACAUGCCCAUCAAGGCCGGGGACCCCGUACCGAGCGUAGAGGUGUGUGAGAGUACGCCGGGAGAUAAAGUGAAUGUUGCAGAGCUCUUCAAGGGAAAGACUGGGGUGCUGUUUGCUGUGCCGGGGGCUUUCACACCAGGAUGUUCCAAGGUGAGACGAUAAGGUUGUAUACCCCGU